GUGUCACAAUGGGAUACGAUGUCUCAUAAUGGACUACCGGUGCGAUCUGAGAUCAUCCAUAACAUCGAUCCGGUAGAUAAUAUGUCUGCCAUUCGAUGGCACGAUUGGAAACUCGUUCUGAGCUCCAGUUAUAAGGGAUGGGAUGUAUGGACUCAGUCAAUACGGUUUGGCAGUUGGGCGUCACCCAUGUAUACCAAUCCCAUGCAUUCACGCGAGCAGUUUGAAACAAUGCGAAACUUGCACAGACAUCAUUGCAAAAUAUACAAGGUACUGUCUCAAAUGAAUAGACAACCAAACUAUGAUGUAUUGGACGAGUCGACGGUACGGUGCUCUGAUCCUCCCGUUCCUAAUGGUAAGCCCGAGUGUUUGACGGGUGAGAUGUGUUUAUUUAACCUGCGGGUCGAUCCGUGCGAAUACAAAAACAUAAUCAAUGAAACCGAUCCCUCAUUCGUGCGAUACGUUUGGCACAAAUUGGUUGAGUUUAACGAGACGUCAGUACCCGCCUUAUCACGGGUGCCAUUGGAUAAGCGAGCACAUCCUCGGUUUCAUAAUAACACCUGGACCAAUUGGUUGGACGAUGACUUGGACUAUAAAUUAUAUAGGGAUUACAAACACGACAAAGAUGAAUUUUAAUUGUUUUAAUUUUAUUAAUAAUUAAGAUGCUUAUUGUAGAAAUACUUAG